AUGAUUUCUUUCCGCCAUUCUAGGAUCAGUCACAAUUUGAAAACGGAGCAGGUAUUCGCUAUCAGGAGUUUGAAAAUGACAGAAUACCCUGAUGAAACAAAAGCGUGUGAUAAGGCACCUUUAACGUCAAGGAACACAGAGAAUAGAAAAUGUUGCUACAAAUGGGCGGCCGCUUUUGGAAUAUCAUUAGCUAUAUUUGGCACGAUAGUUCUUAUAAACGCCGAUGGUUCAAGAGAUUCAUCCCAGCAUGCGACUUGUUCAGGACAGUUCUCUUCCUCUGCACAGGAGCAGCAGAAAUUGAUCGAGGAGCCCAUCACCACGAAAGCAAUUCGAAGCAAGGACCAAUCGACAAAAGAACCAAUUUUUGAUACAUCAAACGAGAUAAAUGCACUAGAAGGUGAGCAGUUGUCAAGCCAAAUCAGCCACGGAAGACCAGAAAUUCCAGUUUAUAGACAAAAACGGGAUAUACUCGACGAUUGGGGACAGUACGAAGACUUAAAAAAUUACAGACAGAUGAAACAAUAUCUUAACUGGCAGGGUUAUCAGGCAGAUGAUCAAUUGGAUGGAAAGUGGGUUGACAUACAUAGCAUAUACCCAGCACGUCGGUCGAGUAGGCAAAAAUCCUCCAGAGCGACAACGGUCAAACGUGGAACGCACAAAUCACGCUUUUACAAAGAUCUGAGUGUACAAAAUACUACAAUGGCCAGAAGGAGCCACAGGAGACGUAUAUCAAAAAAGCUAACGGCCGUAACAGAUUCUGUCAUUUCAACUGAAAAACAGACUUUUAAUCUAUCAACAACAGCAAUUACUAGUGACUUAAAUAGUGACUUAAAUCUAACCACCACCACAACAACAACAUCAACAACAACAAUUCUAUUAAAAGAACAAAUCACAAAAAAGGAAAAACCAAAGAGGAGACGUUUAAUGAAAAGGAUAUCUUCCACGAGUUCCCCUACAUUUUCAACGACGUCUUCACCUUUACAGUACAUCCCUUUAAGCCAAAGGACGUACCGAGUUAGAAAUACAACCCACAUUAAAAAGAAGAACAGAAAAACGAAGAGUCGUCAUUCAUAUGUUCACUAUACCAAAGCUCAACACUUUGUGAGCAAUGAGACUACAGCAACGACAUUGAAUUCGACGACGCCUUCCAUGUUGAAGACUUCUCCUUCACAGACGACCUAUCUUGAGACGACGAUAAGUAUAGGAAAUACUUCAACCACACAACCAACGGAAGAACCUCGCAAUAUAACUACGACGAAGGUUCCGAGAAAGCGAAUGACAUCAGUAGGAAAACCAUAUUCUCGCGAGAUGAUGUCAAACUCUUGGAACAGUCAUGGUAGCUACCCAGCGUACAGAGGACAAACAAAAGGAAAUCGUAGGAGAACCAGUGCUUGGAGGCCGACAAGGUAUCCGAGAAAAAGAGGUUCAAAGAAAAAUUACGUUGCCAAGACUGGGCAGAAUUGGACGAUUACAACGCCAAUAAAAACCACUAAAACGACAAUGACAACGCUCACGGAUACCAAUACAGAAACGUCGACGUUCCAGCCUAUGGAACAAGUUACCAACUGGAAUAUAACUCUGGCUAUGCAACCAAAGAUGAACCAUUUAGAACACCAACUGGAAUAUGCGAAAUACUUAGAGAAUCUUAAAGAAUUUCUACCUUUGCUGUACGGAACUACCAACCCGACGACUGAAACCUCUUCGCCAAAGGUUACAAAUACAAUGGCGACAACAACGAAAGUUGCAAAUUUGAUAAUCGAUACUAAUCCUGCUUUACCUCCGUCGACAGGAAAUUACAAUCCAACUCAUGUUGAGGCCAUGGCAAACUCCUCAGCUCCCAAAACAGGCUCUGAAAGAAAACAGGGGGAUACAAUUGAAGGAACCAUUUCCAAAAACGUCACUGCAAGACCGGAUGUGUCACCAAAAUCAAAUGUGGAAUGCUCAGUUUGCCCUGUUAUCACAACGCUAAAACCAUUAUGCGAAAUAUGCCCUUUUGUAAGUUUGUUUCAUUCCGGAGAAAUAGAUGAAAAUAAACCAAACUUCACGAUUUUAGCUAAGGACUGGAAAUUUGGAAAAACAAUCUGGAAAGAGGGAAGUGAGAAAUUAGAGCUUCCGAGAUUUAAAAGACAAGUCCUUCUUCUAUCUGAUGGGCUAUGUAGCGGUAGCCCGAUUUCAACAACCGCCCUGCACAAGAAAAGGAUAUUGUGCAGAUUGUACGAUGAAAAGGAUUUCGAAGUUAUUUGGAGUAGUAGAAAGGAUAUUAAAAAGAAUUUGAAACAUUUAUUAUACACAGAUCACAAUUUAACAUCUGAAAACGCGAACACUUGCCGAAGCGUAGAAAAUAGAACACUCGCUGAAAAGCAGCACACCUCGUUGGAAGAAUAUCAGUUCAACUGUACGGAAACAGUGUACAUUUUGAUUCCUGCUUUCAUGAUCAGAAGGGGAAAAGUGGAAACUCGCAUUGGUACAACGCCCACACCGGCCAGCUCGUUUCCAGCAAAUAAGACCUCUUUAUUCCCAACAAAAAGUCUUAACACAUCUCAAAAUACGAACGCGUUUUCGAAUUUUUCCAAGGAACAGCCUUUGGUUGGUGCGCCUAACUUUACUACGCCCAACUCGACUGAUGUCGUUUUCGACCCAGCAAAUAGCACAACAGUCGUUCCAACGACCGUCCAAACCACACAAAAAGUAAACGCAUCGGAAAAUAUACAGACUACAGUGUCGCUUCCAGAAGUAACGUAUUUGAUGAAAGACUGGAAUAUAACUCAGACUGAAGUGGGCAGUCAUCAACUGACCAUCGAGCAACAGGCUCAUACAGCUCUAGCAUCGACAGACAGUUAUGUUAUGACCGUCCAGCCAACAACAUUGGAAAAGGAGUCAUCGACGCCUAUCGUUGUCAAGAGUCGAAUGGAACCCGUCACAAAUCCAAAUAUAUUAAUGGAUCACCCGGCCGAGGAGGAAAAACAUUAAAAGUACAGGGUAAACCACUUUAGAUGGCGACUUGAGAGACGAUUCUUUGGUUUAAAAAUAUUUAACUGCAUUCAUUUAAUUUAAUUUAUCCAAUCAGUACAUAAUUUGUUGUUAAAUAAAAUGUGGU